AUGGACGUUUCUUCGCCUUCGUCGUCACGAUCAUCGCCCGUUCAUGGACUGCAUUCUCCUUCUGCUUCUCCGCCGGACUAUGUUCAAGGUCGGCCGGCUAUCCAGGCUUUUGGCAUCCCAAUCCAGCAAAGCGUGACUUCAGCGUCAGCUAGGGAGGGGAAUCGCGAACCUGAUGCUUCUGGCCAAGCGUUCCAGGGCUCCCUCGAUCGCGCUCCGACUGACCCUGGCCCGAGUGCCCCGCCCGGCUUACAUAUCGACUUUCCGCCCAGUCAUGAAGCUCCCGUUGUGGACCGACACUACGCAAGUGUGGUUGCAAUGAGGACCUACGGCGGCUAUGCAACACCCGUGCCUAGGACGAUCUUAGAGGAUCCGGGUGUCCGAUCACGCCUGCUCGCGUACGCCCAUUGGUUCAUAGAACAUCCCGAACACGAGUUUCUCCAUCAUCUAGGCGCGAUCGAAGGACUUGCAAUUCAUCACCACUCUUUCAGCUACAUGUAUCGACCUCUCACACCAAAGGAAUUCGGCUACAUUGUCCCAACAGCAAAUGUCGAUUGGGCGCAAGUGAUUCCGGUGAUGGUUCUGCGAAUGCGGCUGCCACAGCGCUUCCCGUGGCAAUACGGUAAGCUGGAGAUCGCUGGCAUAGAGAUGAUACAGCCUACGCAGCAUCUUCAGUCGAGGCUCGAGCUCAAAGAGAUCUUCGGAUAUACGCGUUCACAGUCGACAGAGCAGAAAGCAUCGAGCCGACAUAACCUUCGUAGAGCUUGGACGAGGCCUUUUUCGGACCCAUGUGUCUUGUCGCCACGCAUGUUCCAGGAGAAGGGCUGA